GCAGCCCCGACCCGCAGAACGGCUGCCGAGCGCGCAGGAGGCAGCUGCCCUGGGCUCCGGCGCGUCCCCAAGCCCGCCGAGGCCGAGCCUGCCCGCCACCGAGGAGCCGAGCUAGGGCCGCGCAGGGAACCGUCGCCGCUGUCACUGUGGACGCGAAAGUGCGCUUUCCUCGGUUUGCUUUAAAAUAAGAGCUUGAGUUUCCCCGUCAGGUGCAUUUGGUUGAACUCGACAGAAAUUGGCCUCCCCACCGCGGCUCGGCGGCGCUCCCUGUUCCCUGCGCGUCCCAGGCCGUCCGAGCCUCCGGGAGCGCUAGCUGCCCGCGAGGCGCCCCCGGAGCGCAGGGCAUCCCCCAGAGGAGACCCCGGGCUCCGGCCGAAAGGGGUCAGACCUGCGCCUCGCGUGGCGGCAGGACUAACCGUGGGAAUUCGGCUACAGACCCCAGCACUAUGAAGCUGUUAUUUGUAGAACCUGCCAUUUGCCUUAGUGCAUUCGCUCUGACUCUGACCUCACCGCUGACCACACAAUACGUGUACAGAAGAAUAUGGGAAGCGACAAGCAACUACAGUAUGGCAUCUGGUAGCAAUGCUUCCGAGUGUGAAAAAAACAAAAGCAGCCCAAUUUUUUUAUCCCAAGAGGAAGUUCAGAAAAAAGUGUCUCUUUUUAGUAUGCAGAUGGACAUAAGUGGCUUAAUUCCUGGUCUAGUGUCUACGUUCAUACUUCUGUCUUACAGUGAUCGUCAAGGACGAAAAUUCCCUUUGAUUUUGUCUUCUGUUGGUGCUCUUGCAAGCAGUGUUUGGCUCUGUUUGCUGUCCUACUUUAACUUUCCAUUCCAGCUUUUAAUUGCAUCCACCUUCAUUUUUGCACUUUGUGGCAAUUCCACCACAUUUUUGGGAGCCAGUUUUGCCUAUAUUGUUGAUCAGUGUAAAGAACAGAAACAAAGAACAAUUCGAAUAGCCAUAAUUGACUUCCUACUUGGACUUGUGACCGGAUUAACAGGACUGUCUUCUGGCUAUUUUAUUAGAGAAUUAGGUUUUGUGUGGUCUUUUUUAAUUAUUACUAUGGUUCUUACUGUUAAUUUGAUGUAUAUUUUAUUUUUUCUUGAUGAUUCAGUGAAAGAGUCUUCAUCUCAGAAUGUUUCCAUGUCAUGUAGUGAAGGUUUUAAAAACCUAUUUUACCAGACUUACAUGCUUUUUAAAAAUGCUUCUGGUAAUAGACGGUCUUUGCUCUGUUUGUUACUUUUUACAAUGAUCACUUACUUUUUUGUGAUAAUUGGCAUUUCCCCCAUUUUUAUCCUUUAUGAAUUGGAUUCACCCCUCUGCUGGAAUGAAGUUUUUAUAGGUUAUGGAUCAGCUUUGGGUAGUAUCUCUUUUUUGAGUAGUUUCCUAGGAAUAUGGUUUUUUUCUUACUGUAUAGAAGAUAUUCAUAUGGCCUUCAUUGGAAUUUUGACCACCAUGGCAGGGAUGGCUUUGACUGCUUUUGCCAAAACAACACUGAUGAUGUUUUUAGUGAGGCUGCCGUUCCUUUUCACCGUCGUGCCACUCUCAGUUCUACGCUCCAUGAUGUCAAAAGUGGUUGAUUCUACUGAACAAGGUACCCUGUUUGCUUGCAUUGCUUUCUUAGAAACACUUGGUGGAGUCACCGCAGUUUCUACAUUUAAUGGAAUUUAUGCAGCCACUGUUGCCUGGUACCCAGGCUUCACCUUCCUGCUGUCGGCCGGCCUGUUACUAAUUCCAGUGAUCAGUCUAUGUGUCGUCAGAUGCAUAGGAUGGAAAGAGGGGAGCUAUGUACUUCUGAUUCAAGAAGAAUCCAGGGAAGAUACUUCAAACAGAUGACUGUGGUUAAAAAAAAAAAACAAAUCAUAUACUCUGACUUCUAAGGAAUGUGAACAAGCUCCAUAAUCAAUACUUUAUAGAUAAUCAAUGGUCUAUGUCCUUCUUUCUCAACUGACAGUGAGAGAAAUAGCUUCUAGUUCUGGCUUCUUACAGUACUAUGCACUUUGAGCACUUUAUGAAUAUUAUGUGAUGUAUUUCCAGUACCUAGAACAAAUCUCAAAAUACUUCCCACUUGAGGAUGUACAAAAGAAACUGAAACUAAACAGCAUAAAGAAGGAUUAAGAAACUUGAUAUGCUCAAAAGCAAUAAUCUCCCUGACAUACUCCAGUCUUAUGUGGAGACCAACUCUUUACCUCAGUUUCUUCUGCAAAAUGGGUUUCUGAUCUCUCAAGGAUUUUGAAGGUAUAACUUGAAAAUUAUAAAUCAUUCACUUAAGAAAAUGAUGGAAGUUUCAAAUAUUCGUAAUUUUACCUCUACUUUGGUCAUCCUUUGUCCUUCAGAGCCUAUCAGGUUGCUAUUGAUAGUGAAAACUUUCAAUAGAUGCAAAAUCCUUAAAACAGAAGCACUUUGAAGAAUACUUAUCUUCACUUUCCCUAAUGUUUCAUCAGUGAUGGCAUUAUCAUAUUUCUACAUGUAACACAGGGACAACUGUAAAAAGAUUAUAAAUAAAACUAUCUGUAAAGAAAUGUUAAAA